CUUCGGCCAUUUUCGGUGCUUUUGUUUAUUUGUUGGGCAGCCGAAAACGCAGCACCACGUGAAUAAAACCACGUGAAAUUGCACUCAAUAAAUAUAAUGGCUGAUGAAGAUUUUGAUGGGGACGAAGUCGCGGACUUCGACGAUGUCGAGGACGAGGACAAUAUAGACUUGGAACCUCCUGAGGAUGACGGUGAGAAUAUCGAGUUAAUAAAUAAACACGAGGCCCACACCGGCGGAGUUCAGAAGUCGAACAGAAUCACUACGAAAUACAUGACGAAAUACGAGAGAGCGAGAGUCUUGGGCACAAGAGCCUUACAGAUAGCGAUGUGCGCUCCUGUAAUGGUGGAAUUGGAAGGAGAGACGGACCCCUUGCAGAUUGCCAUGAAAGAACUGAAGCAGCGAAAAAUUCCCAUAAUUAUACGUCGCUAUUUGCCUGACAACAGUUACGAAGAUUGGGGUAUCGAUGAGUUAAUUAUAAUAGAUCAUUAAACUCUACAAAAAUAAAAAACAAAUUGUAUCCGGUACAAUUGUAAUUGUUCAGUCUCUCCAUUGUAUAGUCUCUUCUCAUAUGAGUGUAAAAAUAAAUUUUAUUCAUUAAUUGUACA